AUGUCCAGUAAUAUAGAGCCUCAAACAACAGCUAAAUGUAUACUGUAUACAACAAAGGGGAAUAUUGCCGUUGAAUUAUGGGCUAAAGAAUGCCCCGAGACAUGUAAGCGGUUCUUAACUAUGCUUUCAGAUGGCGCAUUCAUCAAUGGAGAAUUUAAAGAGCUAAAGCCAAUGCAGUGGCUAAUGUUUAGUGCAGGUAGUACUGAUGAUAGCCACACAGUUACUCAGGAAAGAAACCCACGUAUACGGUUCACUAAGGAUGGACUCCUGGGAUGGGAUAGACAAAGGAAUACAUGGUUUAUAACUGUGCAGGCGGAUUCUAAGCACGUACUGAACGAUUGUAAUGUAUUUGGGAAAAUUGUUGGGAAAUCUAUUUACACUUUUAGAGAGAUCUUGGGUGGCGAAAUUGAAGUUUCGUCCCGUGACGAUGAGGUCAAACGAUUCAUGUAUCCUGCAGUUUUGAAGGAUGUCGAGAUUACUAUACCAUUCUUUGAAGACAUCUUUCGAUCAAAAAGAAAACUAGAAGAUAACGGGGAAAAAGAACAACAGCAAACAAAGAAACUUAUAAGAUCGGCAAAAGUGAGAAUGGUGUAUGAAGAUGAAGAAGAGGAUGAUGAUUAUGAUGACGAUGAUGAUUUCCAAAAGCUUGAACCAAGAAAGAGGAUGAUUCUCCCAGCAUGGAUCAAAGAUGAGAGCCGAAGCGAAAAAAUUAAGUCAGGUAUAUCCUUAGAUCAACCACAAGAAGCGCCAAUGACCGAACAGAUGGAGUUGCAUGAUAAUGUUGAUCGGUCAACUAUUGAAAAACCAGAGGGCCAAGAAAAUAUUAAGGAAGAAGUAAUAGAUAAAAGAGAGCGGGAAACUUUGGAAAUGUUGUCCAAAUUUCAACAACGAGUAAAAAACAAGAAUAUUUUAAAAUGA